AGGAUGCACGCUAAACAAAGAACAAGCUUAAAAAAACUUGCCCUGAAGAGUAUGGGGGACAGGUGCGGGACAUCCGCUGUAAUCCACGUGGAGAUGCCGAGCCGUUAGCGGCAGGGCCCUGGACAAAAAGGUCUUCGCUUCCCCGUUGCACGCCGUCUUUCUUUUUCUUUCCUCAGAUUAUUAGGAAAGCCCUUGAUUCCAUUGGCGCCUUGUCACAAUGCACGGUAUCACUUUUCUCUCUGUCCUGUCACUCGCGGCUGCUGCUGCUCAGCCUUUCGAUUACAGUGCCCUGAGCCUGCGUGAAGUCGGUGCCCGCAACACUCUUGAUUGGAGAAUUUGGCUCGAGAAGAAUGGCAAUCCCAUCUCCUUCUGGCACGACAUCCCAUUGUACCCCAACGAGAACGACACGUCCAUUAUCAACAUGUACGUUGAGAUUCCUCGCUGGACUGACGCAAAGAUUGAAACAAGCCGCAAAGAGCCUCUGAACCCUAUCUUUCACGACGACAAGAAGGGCAAACCCAGAUUUGUUUUCAGCGUGUGGCCGCACAGAACAUACCCUUUCAACUAUGGCUCCAUUGUUCAGACAUGGGAGGAUUCUACCGUCAAGCACAACUUCACAGGUUACCCUGGCGAUAAUGACCCCAUGGAUAUUUUCGACAUCUCCAGCAUCGAGCCUGGACAUGUUGGCCAGGUCAAGCAGGUCAAGGUUCUUGGUGGUCUUGCCAUGAUUGACGACGGAACAACGGAUUGGAAAGUUAUUGCUAUUGACUUGAAGGAUCCCCUUUCCAAGGUGGUUAACAAUGUCGACGACUUGGAAAAGUACAGACCUGGUCUAAAGAAGUCCAUGUAUGACUGGUUUGUCUACUACAAGGUUGUCAAAGGCGAUGGUGUCAACACCAUUAUUGGCAACAAGUUCCAAAACGCCGAAGUCAUGGCUGAGCAUGUUGCCGAGUCCCAUGUCUUCUGGCAGAACCUCAUCAAGGGCAAGACGAAGAAGGAAAAGAUCUCUACGACGCAGACUCACAACCCUCGUUGGUGCAAGAGCUAUGUUCCCGCGGAAAACACAACUGCCCAGUUCAAGAUUCCCAAGACAUCCAGCAUCCUCCCGGCAGCCGCUCGACCCAUUGAGUAUGACUACUGGUACUAUCUCGAUGACAAGUUCAAUGUCAUUGGACAGCCUUAG